GUGUUUUUUUACUGUUUUGAUUCGCCCGCAGUGGAUGCAGUGUUUUACCCAGCUACAGUUAAAUUUUUCGGUAUUUCAGUUUCUUAUUCACAUAAAAUUCAAAAUUUCACAAUGGUAGUCCCAUCGGCGACCUCCCGGGACGCAGUCCUGGAACUGGUGAAGCAGAAGGAAGCCGUCGAACAGAAGAUAGCCGAUCAGGGCAAAAUUCUCGAAGCGAAUCGAGUGGGAAUGACCGACCCGCUGGUGGACGACGCCGGUUUCCCCCGGAAUGACAUCGACGUGUACCAGGUACGACAGGCCCGCCAUCAGAUCAUCUGUUUGCAGAACGAUCUGAAGGCGCUGAUGAAGCAAAUAGAGCAAGGAUUGUACACGGUUCACGCCGAAACGAGUGCCCAACAGCAGGAGAACUUGGCGUCCACUAAACUGAGAGCGAUGGAACUAGGGGACGACGAUGGGGAGUCGUCAUCGGCACAGGCACCGUCUGUGCGUGCGAUCCGGGUGCAAACGGUGAAGCCGAUUGCCAAGGUGAACGUGGUUAGUGAAGGAUCACCAGCGCAAGAAGCGGGUAUCGCGUUGCGGGAUGAGAUCGUCGAGUUCGGAACGGUCAAUGGGGGCAACUUCCGAGACUUGUCACAGAUUGCGGCGGUGGUGCGAAGUUGCGAGAACAAAAGCGUGGCGGUGAAGGUGCGUCGCGAUGGGCGAUUGGUGGAUUUGAUGCUGACACCCAAGAGCUGGAGCGGACGAGGACUACUGGGAUGUAACAUCGUUCCGAUGGACUCGGUUGACUGUUGAGCGGGAAUGUUCUUUCCAGAAUGAUGGAAGAGAGUGCGAAUCUAUUCACGAUAUAACCGUUAGCUUUAUUUCCAUCUUUGAAGAUCCAGUUUGUGUAUGCAUAUCGCAUGUAUCUGAGAAAUAUGUGGAACAAAAAUUGUAAAUUUCAAAAGAACUAAAA